CGGCCGGGCUGCGCUUUUUUUGUUGGCCAAGCCGAUCCGACAACCGCCGCCAUCCCCCUCGUCUUGCUUGAUCGCUACCACGCCAAUCCCUCACUUGCCCUCCCCCUCCCCGACGGCAUCCAUCCGUCGACAAUGCCGCCAAAGAAACCCGUCGCCCCCAAGAUCGAGACUCUCACAGAAAAUGAGGAGAUUCUGCUGGAGACCCUGCGGUCUGAGCCUCGGGUGCGCCUUCGCUCUCGCCAACGCUCCUAUUCAGCACCCAACCGGCGGACAAGGCGACAGCGACGCAUUCGAUCGGCUCUGGAUACUCACAGUCCAUCAAUAUCCAUUCUAUGUAGGGCAUGACCACCUCCCAGCUGCUGAGCAAGCUGGGCGACGAAUGGAACCAGGAGAUCCUCGUCGUCCAGAUGAACCAGCUGUCUUCCAAGAAAUAUGUCGACUUGAUGAGCAUCGGGAAAGAAACGGGCUUCAAGGCCCGGAACGAUGACGAGAUCUCAAAACUAACAGGAAUGGAUCAACAAGAGUAUAUCGUUUACAAUCUCAUCAAGGGCGUGGGCGACAAAGGAAUAUGGAUCAAGGAUAUUGAACGCAAGUCCAAGGUGCACACCCAGCAUCUUCAGGCCAUCAUCAAGAGUCUCGAGCGGCGGCAGAUGAUCAAAAACGUCAAAUCCAUCAAAUACCCCACCCGGAAGACAUAUAUGCUGUAUGAGCUCGAAGCAUCGUCAGAAGUCACUGGCGGACUGUGGUACACCGACCAGGAAUACGAUGAAGAGUUUGUGGAGGCGAUCAGCCAGCAGUGCUACAAAAUGAUUCUGUCCAAGAGCUUCCCACACGACCCGGAUGCCAUUUUUCCAGCUGAUCAUAACGGAUACGUGACCGCAACGGAUAUUCUGACCUUUAUCAAGAGAACCAAACUCGUCACGGUCGAGCUGGGUCGGGGCGACAUACAACAGAUCCUCGAUCGGCUGCUGUAUGACGGCAAGAUCACGAAGCGGACACGGGUUGCUGGAGAAGGAAGCGCCAUGAGAGGAAUCAAGUACGACACCCUCUCUGGCGGCGACGGCAGUGGCGGCGACGAUGGCGAAGAGGUCAUCGGGCACGUUUACGACGACGACGACGAGGAUUUGAUCAUGUACAAGGCCGAGAGGGACAUUCGAGGCGGACAAAGCGCCUGGGCCGAUUUCCCGUGCGGCAAGUGUCCUGUCAUCGAGCAUUGCUCCGAGGACAGCCAGGUGUCGCCCUCGAGCUGCAGCUACUACAAAAAGUGGCUGCAAUUCUGAGUGCCUCUUGCGCCUUUGGUCCAAAGUAAAUCUGGAGCCAACAUACACUUUAUUCAGAAAAAAAUGGGACAAUAUAGCCGUUUCCAUGAACAGGUAGUAUGUGCUGUGCUUGCGUCAAGCAAAGCCACAAGAAAUAAAACAGAUCACUUUGGCAGCCUCCGAGUGAAGACCGCCGGUCGCUCUCCGAUCUCCACAAUCGACCUG